AUGUAUUCAUUAACUGCCCAAAUAAACACUACUCACCUUUUCAAAGAUUGUCUAGACAACCAAUGCUAUAGUUGUAAUGAAUUUGGUUAUAUUGAAAUCAAUUGCCCUCUUGCCCAACUCAUACUUGAUAAUCUUACUUUUAAAUGUGAAUAUAACAAAGAUCAACUUUAUAAAUUAAAAGAGAAACUUGCUUGUACUGCUUGCUACAAAACUUAUUAUGAAGCCCUUGACCCAAAAGACCCCAGAAAUCAAGAAUAUUACCAAACAGGACUUGAAGAAUUAUGGUUCUGUGAAUUAGAACAUAUAUAUGCUUAUAAAAUCUUUACAAACCUCCAAUAUAAUCCGAAUUAUGAAAUUUGGAAUAGAAUUAGACAUUAUACUGAGUCUACCAGGAAUGCUGGACACCAGUAUGAUUUAAACCAAGACCAAAUUUAUCAUUUAAUUACAGAACUAUAG